AAAUCAAAUAAUUCACAAUCCAUCCGGCUUUAUGCCUCUCCCGUUGCGCCAUCCGCCGACUGCUCCCUGUUCAAAUCUACCUUCACGACUGCUCCCUGUUCCGUCGCACCAUCCGCCGCGGCUUCCACCAUUGCUCUCAGCGCCGCUGCCGCACCCCCUUCUUCACUGAUCUUCUACCCUCUGUUGCUCUCCGGCACCAGCACUGUGGUUUUGCUAAUAAUUUCCCUUGAAUAUUUCUCAAGGUGGCUGGAAAAUUGAAGCCAACCCACAAUGAGUUCAAGCAGUGGCUCCAUCGGUGAAACUUAUUAUGAUGUACUGUCUUUGAGGGAAGAUGCUAGCUACGAUGAAAUUAGAGCCAGCUAUCGUUCCGCUCUCCUUAAUUUCCACCCUGAUAAGUUACAAGCUAUGUGCCAUAAAUCUCAUUUAGACGACAUUGCGGGAGAAAGAUACUUGAAGGUGCAGAAGGCUUGGGAAGUCCUCAGCAGCUCAAUGUCCCGUGCAGCUUAUGACAGAGAGCUCCAAGCUGCCAAAGGGGAUGCAAUUGGUGCAGAGAGCAUAAGGUUGGAGGAUAUGGCUGUGGAAGAUAAAGGUGAAGUUGUAGAACUCUUUUAUCAGUGCCGUUGUGGAGAUUACUUCUUUAUUGAUUCGGGGGAGUUGGAUGAAAUGGGAUAUCCAUUGUUGAGGAAUGGGAGAAAGGUUUCUUUAAGGACUCUGGAUGUGUUGCCUGCUUCCGUUGUUUUGCCUUGUGGUUCUUGCUCUUUGGAAGUUCGUUUACUUAUUGAUUCGAAUUCAAGUGUUUUGAAUGAUUGAAAUCACAUUGAUUUCUUUUAAGAUCCUUGGCGUUUCUUUCUUGAAUGAUUUCAAUGUUUGAGAGAGCUUGCUGGACUCGAAUGUGAAUGUUUACUCGCCUAUUUUAGCAUCGAGGGGGUUGAAUCCACUGCCCCUCUGCCUCUGGUGGUGAUCUUUCUUUUUGUUGGCUUGCCCACAUGGGUAAAGGAUUGGCUAAAGGAUGCCUUGGGACGUUGGUGUCUUAAAGGUGAGUUCUAGAUUCUACAGAAUAUGAGGCUUCAGGUUUCCUUCAGCACCAAAUUAGAGGAACUUCAAAGACAAAGGUUGUUUUGGUUCUUUCUGUAAUAGUGGUAGUGGUAUACUAGUGGUAGUGUUCAAUCCAUUCAAGGGUCCUUUGUAA